GGAUGUUGAUCGUUGUUUAUGGAUGCGUCAACCUAACUAGAAUAACAAUGCCUCCAUGACCAACUUUGAGUUUUAUAUAUUUGUUUGAAUGGUUUUGACUUAGCGCAACAAGUGUUUAGCCCACUGAAACAACCUGUGUAGGCUACAUACCAACCAGGACGCAGCACGCCAACUACAUAAGGAAACAAAGGUAACUAAGGACUCGGAAAAUCCCUCGGCAUACCGUGAUGCACUAUAAACACCGCAGGGCCCGCGACUCAUUGCUGUAAACACCGAACGCACAUCACAGCUAUAAAAACCGCAGGUCGGGAAACUCACCGCUAUAAACACCGCAGGGAGCGCACGGUGCGCACCUCACAGCCACACUUGGACUUCGGACCUCGGACCUCAAAAUCCCAACAUAAAGAGAAUUCAAGAGAAUUAAACUACGAUGGAUUCGAGGAAAACAAGCAACGCCUCUGCGUCUAUAGAACACGGCCAUGAUGACGACGCUUCCACCUUCUUGAGCCCCACAAGAGCUGAGGAGACCCAGAUUGACGGCCCUUCCCCCGCUCUGAAUCAUAUGGACCGAGAAUUACUGGUCGAGUAUCUGCAAGUGGAACAGGACGCCUCUGCCAGCGUUGAAGUCCUCAUCAAGCGCUCAGCGGUGAAGCACUUCCCCUCGCCGCCACCAGGGGACGACGAUAGCGCCCAUGAUGACGACCCUUCCAUCUCCCGGAGCGACACAAGCGUUGAAGAGGAGACCCAGGUUGACGGCCCAUCCGGCGCUCUGGACGAUCAGGACCUGGAACCACUUCCCGCGGUUCUGGGUGUGGAUACGGACGCGACUGCCAGCGCAGAAGAGCCGAUCAAGCGGUCAGCGGGGAAGUACUUCCCCUCGCCACCACCAGGGGGCGACGAUAGCGCCCAUGAUGACGACGUUUCUAUCGCCCGGAGCGACACAAGCGUUGAAGAGGAGACCCAGGUUGACGGCCCACCCUGCGCUCUGGACGAUCUGGACCUGGAACCACUGGCCGCGGUUCAGCUACCCUUACAAAAUAGCGCCCAUGAUGACGACACUUCAAGCGGACGGAGCAUUGAAGAGGAGACCCAGGUUGACGGCCCAUCCCGCGCUCUGGAACAUCUGGACCUAGAAACACUGGGCGAGUAUCUGAAAGUGGAACAGGACGCCUCUGCCAGCGCCGAAGACCUCAUCAAGCGGUCAGCGGUGAAGCACUUCCCCUCGCCGCCACCAGGGGGCGACGGUGUGUUAACCCCGGAGCUGCUGAGGGAACACCUGAACGUUGUGAGGUGGGCCGUGCACGACGAGCUGCAGCGGCUGAACCCUCUGCGCGAGAAGUACAAGAACCUGGCCGGUCUGGUGCCGUCGUACCACCGCCUCACGAUGGACCACGUGCACGCCCUCCUCGAGAGGAUCUCGUCGUCACAGCAGGCCUUUGUGCUCCUGGAGUGGCUCUGCAACACUUACUUAAGUCUGGGGUUCAUGGGAGACCCAGACUUCAGUGAGAGCAAACAGAGGAGUUCCGUGGACAUGCACUUGUACUCUGCGACGGUCGAAUGCGUCAACCAAACCCUCCGGACCACACUGGAGAAGGAAGUCAAGAGUUCUCUGGAUGAGAUCAUUAAGCGCCUGGAAUUAGAGUUUUGGAGGUCCUGGGAUCUCCACAAAGACGUCAUUAAGUGCAUCGAUGGACCGACUGUCAGAGCGGGGUCCAUCAGUGAGAACGUGCAGGAGUUCACCCGGCAGGUCUGCAACCCCAAACUCCUGGAGUUCCUAGAGACGUUGAACACGGCCAAACAGAAACUUCUGAAAAGAUACGAGAAAGAUCCCAAGCUGAAAGUGGAGACCUGCCUUAAGACACUCAACACGCUCAACGGCCUUGUGAACUACAUCCAACCCUCCACUGAUGGAGGAACCCGGGACCUCCCACCAGAGGGGACCCUGUCCUCACCAAGGACAUUGGAGACAGACGCCCAGACGUCCAUGGAACAGGCUCUCGUUAAGAUCAUCAAGGAACGCCUGAAUGGACAUUUCAAGAGCAGAGAGGAGGAUUUUCUGCUGAACGAGAUGCAGAAAAUGUUCAGGGCUGAAGGCUGUUGUCCAGACGUCCAGAAGGAGGCUCUUGACCUGGCCUAUGAGCGGGUGUGCACUUUGUACCUGUACCAGCUGGUCGUCACCAAGAAGAAGGAUCUAGAGAAGCGAUGGGGUCGUGACGUGGGUCAGAAAGUGACUCAGGACGCACAACAUCUUCAUAAGAUCUUCUCAGACCUGCACCCUGGUGUCAGACAACAGAACCAUGUGCUCCUGAAGGUGGAGGAGCUGAUCCAGAGCCAGGACGUGGACUCAGUGAAACUCACCCUCUCUGAGAUGAUGCAGCUCUGCCAGUCGGAGAAAGUUAAGAAACUGUGUUCUGAUCUGUUGGAUUGGAAAGGAGGUCUCUCCGUCGAUGAGGUCAAAGAGGUCCGGGCCGGUGUCCAGGUUCUGUCCACCAGAGACACCAAAGGGACGUUGGGACCAGAGUAGAAAACGAUUUGAGCUGUGCUGGCUAGAGACAACAUGAAUGUAUGAAAUAGAUGACCCAAGUUCUACUUUAAGAUGCACCACCUGGUGGGGGCUCUCGUGAUGUUCCUGCUGGUCGUGCUGAGGGGUUUGUCCUUAGAUCUCUAUGAAAAAUAGUAAAUAUCAAUAAAUAAACGAUUGUUUUCCUUCAAAUGAAAUAUCAGUUAACAGCAAUGAAUCAAUAAAGAAUGCGAUGGAUGCAUGCAGCAUGA